AUGAACAAGUUGGUGGAACUUCAUGUUUUCUAUGUCCCUGAAGGAUCGUGGAACUAUAAGUUAAAUACCAUUUCAAUAGAAGUUGUUAACAAAUUCAUUUCAGCUAGAUUUAUAAGAGUAUCUCCUCACCUUACUUUACAAGCCCUGAGGGAGCAUCUCUAUGGGUUCCUUGGUGAAGAUGCUAUUGCAGAAAAACUUUUGUUUCUGAAAUCCAUUGGAAACAAUCUAGCUGUGGUAAAGGCAAAGCAAGAAUCAGAACUGAAACUCAAAUCAUUUGCUCCUCCAUAUGCUCUUCAACCAGAGUUAUAUUUGCUUCCUGUAAUGGAUCACUUAGGAAAUAUUUAUUCAGCAUCAACAGUUUCUUUAGAUGGGCAGCAGACUAACGAUGUUGCUGCAGCUGAUGGAAUAAUCCAUAGACCAGUUAGUAUAGUUUUGCCCAAGGAACAACCUGGAACAGAUCCCAGUUUUUUAGAAAACACUUUGGAAGAGCUUCUUAACAAGAAUUGGGAAAAAGCUGGGAGAAAGCCCACUCCAAAAGAAAACAUGACUGGGAAAAAUGAAAUUGGAAAUUCUGAAUUGACAGGAUCACCAGAAGAUUCAAAUUAAUAGUUAUUUUAGCAGCAAAAAAAAAGUCAUUUUCUUUGGGAAAAUGAAGAUGACAGAGUUAAUAUUAGAAGAAAGGAGAAUCAACAGAUAGGUAAAAAAGAAUCCAUCACCCUACCAGAUCUCAUUGAUUUUCCUUCACGUCCUUGUCAACCUACUCCUUCUCCAGGACUAACUUUAUUACGGAUUGAGAGAGAGAUUAUUGAACAAAUGAAACAAGUGAAGAAAGAAAGAAGAUACCUAGAAAGAAUCAGAGAAGAACUAAUAAAAAAAGUUGAAAAGCUAUUUGAACAAAGUAAAUUGAGGCAAUAUCAUGUGUUAGAACUGACUGAAGGUUACAGGCAAUGUCAGGAGACAUUUCUGAAGGUUGUUCCUCAUAUUAAAGUGUCCUGGAAGUGA